CAUAAGCACUGGAUCUGUCUCUCAGACCAUCAGCAGCAGCCUUGCACCUCUCCUGCACUCUCCUGCACUACUACUCCAACCUCUCACUGAGCACCAUGGCUUUCUCCAGCAGCAGACAAACCAGCUUCAGUACCCGCUCCGCAGUGCCCGCUGCCAGCUUCAGCCAAAUGCGCAUCAGCUCCACUCGCUCCUCCAGCGGAGGCGCAGGGCUCGGCCGGGCAGGGGGAAGCUUCAGCAGCUCCAGUCUGUCCAACAUCGGUGGCGGCGUCAGAAAGAGCGUCUCUUACGGCGUUAGCAGCGGCCGCUCCGGUGGCGCAGGAUUCGGUGGCGCUGGGUUCGGUGGCGCAGGAUUCGGUGGCGCAGGAUUCGGUGGCGCUGGGUUCGGUGGUGGAGUAGCUUAUUCCGGACCUGGGAUCCAGGAGGUGACAAUCAACCAGAGCCUGCUUGCCCCUCUGAACCUAGAGAUUGAUCCCACCAUUCAGCAUGUCAGACAGGAGGAGAGAGAACAGAUCAAGACCCUGAACAACAAGUUUGCGUCUUUCAUUGAUAAGGUCAGGUUCCUGGAACAACAAAACAAGGUUCUGGAGACCAAAUGGGAACUCCUUCAGAACCAGAAAUCCGCCAAAGCCAGCAACGUUGGCCCCUUGUUUGAUGCUUACAUUGCCAACCUGAGAAGGCAGCUGGAUGGUUUGACUGGCGAUAAGGGCAAACUGGAGGGAGAACUGAGGAACAUGCAGGAUUUGGUUGAGGACUUCAAGAACAAGUAUGAAGAUGAGAUCAACAAGCGCACUUCCGCUGAAAAUGAAUUUGUUGUUCUGAAGAAGGAUGUGGAUGCUGCCUACAUGAACAAAGUAGAGCUGGAGGCCAAGAUGGAGGCUCUGACAGAUGAGAUCAACUUCCUGAGGGCCCUGUAUGAAGCUGAACUCCGUGAGCUGCAGGAACAGAUCUCUGACACUUCAGUCGUCUUGUCUAUGGACAACAACAGAGCUCUGGACAUGGACAGCAUCAUUGCCGAAGUCAAGGCUCAGUAUGAAGACAUUGCCAACAAGAGCCGUGCCAAUGCAGAGGCUGUGUACCAGAACAAGUUCCAGGAACUGCAGGCCACCGCUGGGCGACAUGGUGAUGACUUGCGCACCACCAAGACUGAGAUUUCUGAACUGAACCGUGCUAUGCAAAGACUGCAGGCUGAGAUUGAGAGCGUAAAGGCUCAGAGAGCUAAGCUUGAGGCACAGAUCGCAGAGGCCGAGGAACGUGGAGAGCUGGCAUUGAAGGAUGCCAGGACCAAGCUGGCUGAGCUGGAGGCUGCUCUGCAGAAGGCCAAGCAGGACAUGGCUCGCCAACUGCGCGAAUACCAGGAACUGAUGAAUGUGAAACUGGCCCUUGAUAUUGAGAUCGCCACCUACAGGAAACUGCUGGAAGGAGAAGAGACCAGAAUUUCUGAAGGACCUGGACCAGUCAGUGUAUCUGUGGUGAACUCAACCUCCAGCAGCAUGGGCGGCAGCAGCAGUGGAUACGGUGCUGGAUAUGGUUCUGGAUUCGGUGCUGGCGGCUCUUUCUCAUCUGGAGGCUUUGGAAGCAGCUCCACCAAGUUCGGCAGCGGUGGAAGCUCCGGCGUUAAAUCCUACUCCGUGACAACAUCUUCCUCCAGCAGAAGCUUUAGACAAUAAGAUGUGCAGCAGCAGAAAAAAGGUGUCCCCUGUGUAUUGAUGGUAGGAGCAUUAGCCAUAGCCCUCAAAUAAUUCAAACAGGCUCUGUUUACAAUGUGUUGGUGUUGGUAAGGGUAUUAACUUAGUGGGUUAUACCCCUUAUACCUAUAUCUUGGUGGCACCUUUCCAAGUGUGUAGUCUAGCACCCGCAUUUUGUUGUUUGUUAUUAUCUGGAGGAUAUGGCUGUUUGCAGAAAUCUUGAAAGCAGUUCCCUAUUCCUGUCUACAAGUGCCUACUUGCAUCUUUCUCCUUCACUGCUCCCCCUUCUACCAGUGGGACUGGCUCUAAUCGUAUGCUGAAUCUAGGUGUCCUAUUCGCCAUAAGUCUGGGCACGUUUUUACAGUAUCGACCGCUGCAAGUUGUAUUGCUCAGUUCACAAUGGAAAUCUCAUGCCUGUAUUAAAACAAAUACAUAAAAAAUUAGCAGUAUUUCUGGGCAGAUAUCUUUGUGUUUGUUUUGUUUUCCCAUAGAAGAGGCUUGAUAGGUAACAAAAGAGAUAUACGGUGCUAACAUAUAACGUAAAACAAAUUCUAGUAAGUCUCUGAUGUAAAUCUGGCAGCUUAGAUGGGAAAACAAAGAACAGUGAUUCCUUAAUGUUUGUUUGCAGUUGUAAAACACCCAGUAUAUGGAACAAUUCUGUUUUAGUUACCACUCUUUUAGAUAUGGUCUGUGUUUGUGGUGGAAAUCUGAAUUCUGUGGGAGGGAUUUUAUGUCUGGUGAGAAACACAAGCAACUCCAAUAAAAAUUCCUUCAAUCUA